AUGAAUUAAUGCCGUUAACUGAUAACAGUGAUGAUAAGACAGUGUAAAGAAACUGCUUUCCUCUUGCACUCUCUGGUCACAUCUGUUGUUAUCUCAGCCCUGGAGAACCCACACUGAGCACCAAUAGCGCUGCUGUGGUUUAACCCUGCACCAGCUCAGCACCACUCGGCUGUUUGCUCGCUGCCCCACCAGGAGAUAGGGGAGAGCGUUGAUACUGAUAAAGCUGAAAGAACUUGUCUGUUGGGAGAGGGACAGUUUGAUGAGCAAGAUAGGAAAGAAAAGCAGAAGAGAAUAAGGAAAGGGAUGCCCAAGGCAAUGGCUCGGUACUUCCUGACUGGUGCCCAGCCCGUCCCCAAGCUGCAGCAGCCCCCCAGGGCCCACUCCCCAGCUCACUGCUCAGCACCGUGCCCUGUGCUCCGGGAUAUCCCCUGGGCCUUUGGAGCAGCUGGCCUGGCUCUGUCCCCUGCAGCUCCUGGCGCAGCCCAGGCUCCGCGCAGGCACAACAAUCCUUAACGUGUUGGAAGCACUGCUCAUCCCAAACACAGAACACAGCACCCUACAGCUCCUAGGAACCUUCAGCUCCAUCCCAGCCCAGCUCACACCCACACCAGCUCCUGGGAGACCCUGUGCACUGCGGCUGCAGAGCCAGCGCAGCUCAUCUCAGCACCCGAGUGACCGGGCCCCACACGCGCCCCAAGGCGAGGGAUGGCCAAAAAUGGACAUUUCCUAGUGGAAGCCACUGCAACCACUUGGCCACAAACGGGCAGUUUUGGGGUGCUGGCACAUGAGUGACACAGGGCACGCAGGCUGGGGUUGCUCUAUAAAGGCAGAGCAGCCGGCUCCGGGUGUCCUGCAGCAGCGUCGCGCCGUGGGUCCUGCCUGAAACACAGCAAAGCCCCUGCAGCCGCUCCCCGCAGCCGGCUCCCACCCAUGGAGCACCUCGCCCUGCGCUGGGUGCUGCUGGCCGGCACCUUGCUCAGCACGUCGGCCACCAGCAGCGCCCUGCACGAGCCAGACCUUGGCCCCACCACGGUGCCGAUGGACAUGGCCCCGCGCUCCUUUGAUGACCAAUACAAGGGCUGCAGGCACGUGAUGUGGGCUAAGCUACGGAAGCUCAGGCAUCUGGAGAUGGCCAAGAACAACGUCUAUUCUUUGGUCUGGAAAAUCGCAGCUGCAGAAUGGCAGAAACGCUGGGGCCACCUCGCUCACACCCCACAGCUGCGACGGCAGCAGGCCAUCGCUGUGCUGGCGUACAGUGCUGCAAGCAACCUGUACAAGCAGUUCAAUGCAGCUACACGAGAGGGCGGGCGCUCCCACAAGCACUACCUGCACUCGUACCCCUUCAAGUCGCUGCACUUCCUACUGACCGAGGCGCUGCGUGCCCUGCGCAAAUCCCACCACAGCCACUGCUACCACGUCUAUCGCGGCAUCAGGGGCAUCCGCUUCACGGCCCACAAAGGCAAAGCUGUGCGCUUCGGCCAGUUCACCUCCUCCUCCCUAAGGAAGAGCGUUGCGAUGAUGUUUGGACAGGACACCUUCUUCGUGAUGAAGACCUGCUAUGGUGUCCCCAUCAAGCGGUUCUCCUUCUUUCCUCAAGUGGAGGAAGUCCUCAUCCCACCCUUUGAAGUCUUCCAGGUCACCAAAAUCAAAUUUCUCAAUGGCAGAACCGUCAUCCAUCUCCGCUCUAAGGGGAGGCAGAGCAGACACAACUGUGAGCUUCUAAAGGGUCAGGGUGGGCAGCGGGUUCAAGACCACCAGGAGAUGGGGCUGGGGCACAGCCCUGGGUGGGCUCUGCACUCCCUGCACAGCUCCAACUGCAGCUGGUGGGGAUCAGGGCACAGAGAAGGGGACCCCGUCCCAGUGGCACUGAAAGGGGACGGGGAGCGUGGUGGGGAAGGGAACAUCUCUGUUUGUGGGGAGGGGGGAGAUCGGGAGAAGGGGGGGUGGGGUGAUGGGGAGAUGGUGAGUUUGAGUAACUUAGAGCUCUGCAAAGCCGUGGACUUCUGGAGGGGAAGGGCAGCGGCAGAAUCGAAGGAGGGAUUGGGUGUAGACGUGUGUCCCGGGGCCGGUGCGGUGUAGAACGGGGCGGC